UGGAUCAAAAUUCCAUUUGAAAACAUUUGCUCCAGGAUAAAAUCAAUUCACUGAUUCGUAGUCACUAAACGCGCGCUGCUGACGUAGUUGUGAUUCAACUGAGUCCUCAUCUGAAGCAAAGUUCUAGAACUGAUAACGAUUGCUUACACGGAACAUGCAUUGGGAGCUGCAGUUGGACUCGAAGUAUCUGCUAGGAGCAAACUCUUUUGUGUUUUGAGAAGAAAAACUUGUAACAUUCACUGGCCGAAAGGUUAUACGUAAAGAUGCCGCCCAGAACAAUCCACCUGCUAAUCUGCAACACGCUUAUAGUGAUACUGCUGACCACCGAUGCGCUGUCCCCAACAGAACACAAACUUCCUCUCCCUCAAACAGAAGAAAAUCUGACACUCGCUUUGUCAGAUGCAGAAAAUCUACUUGCUGAAAGCAUUCUUUCAAACUCGGUAAUAAAAAUCGAGUACCGUGGGACACCCGACAUUCCACUUAACGAUAUAAGUUUAGAAGUCGACGACAUUGCACUGGUCCACCUUACAGAAUUGAAGCUACGAGCUUCACCUUUACAUCUGACGUCAGUGACACCAGAACUACGACUGAUGAAUCUAAAUUUACAAGCAAAUAUAAGUUUGCUUGAAGUUACAGGAAAUUACACUGUUUCUAUAGAAAUCAUGAACCACACCGCUAGAGAGUUGAUAUCAGACAAGGGCAGUAUUAAUUUAACGUUUCAGAAUGUGACACUAUCAGGUCUUGUUGGUCUAAAUUUGAACGAGAACCAUCUACAAGUCCACACAGUGGAUUUGCUCUACAUACCGACCCUGGUUGUCUUAGUAAUGCGCUACAGUGAUGACGAAGGCUUUCCUCGCGUAGUUGAAGAACGUAGCAGUACUGUUCAGGGCAGAGUGGAAGAGCCUAUAUACGUGGACCUGGCAAAACGACUGAACAUUCUCAUACUUGAAGAGAUCAACAGUAUAUUGAAAAACGUUACGGUCCCUGAACUCAUGGGUAACAACUCUGAAACCGAGAUAAGUUUUAAAACUAGCGCAAAUAACCAAAUUGAAAAUUUAAAUAAUUUCGUAGACCACAUUUUGAACGUUACGAAAGACAACAUUUCAGAUCGAAUUUAUAUCCCUGAUUACGUAAAAUCAUUUGAAAAGAAAAUAGGUUUUAUUCGAAUUCGUGGAAGUUUCAAGGCUGAAGAUGGAUGGCUGAGGAAUAUGAAGACUCUAAAUAGAACUGCUGACGUCACCCUGAAACAAGUGAACGGUAGCUUCGAAGUCAGCACGAUCGUGAACUUCGGGACGCUGGACUUCGGAUACGCGAGAUACUCCGCAAAACUGCUGCAUGUGGUUCACUGAGGGCCACUGUCGGCAAAAACUCGAUGUCCUUCCGAAUCAGAGUGGACAAUGAAGGUGGAAACUGUAUGGUCAGCUUGAAAGAGCUAAGAGUGCGGGACAUUAACGACGUACGACUAACACUCACUGGUCUUUCUCCAUUCAACUGGGUUCUCUCAAAGGUGGCGACAUCUGUCACCAACCGAUCGAAACUCAACAUAGCGAAGGCCAUCGAGGAAACAGUUGGGAAAAAAUUUCUCGACAAGCUGCAAGAUUUUGAUUGUGGGCAGUAUUUUCCUGAACCUGCCGUACGAGAUGCUGAUGCUGGAGACAAUGAAGUGUAAAUGUGAGAUUGCGACUUUAUAACUCUGUUUUAAAUUGAACAAAAUGUUAGCCUCACGAUCUGGAAGACAAUGUCCUUUGGUUGAAAUUUUACUUUAUUUCAGGUACCGACCUCCUCCACAAGCUCCGCGUUGUAUAGGAGCAUAAAAGUGUAAAGCUGUGCCAUGUAGGCACUUGGGGGGAGUAGUCAUAGCUCUUACUCACUGAUAACCUCGGCACUAGAAGGGUGUGAGUGGUCAGCGUCACGCCCCAGUCGGGCUUUACCCCUGGGAAAGGACCCCGGUACCCAUUGGGUGAGCCCCAGAGCCGGUCUGGACGCAGAGGCUGGAGAAUAAAAAACUUCCUCUGUCGGGGAUCGAACCCCGGUCGUUCAGUCCGUAGUCAGUCACCGUACUGACUGUGCAAUCCCGGAUCCUCGGAAAGGAGCAUAGCCCGCAAAAAAAACCCCAGCUUUUAUGGAAACAAAGUUCAUUACCGUGCUCACAAAAUCCCGCUACUGAAAUCCUUGCCAGAAAGAAAUUAAUCCAAUACACACUCUCAAAACUAUGUCGAUUUAACAAUAAUUUUAAUAUUAUUCUCCGAAAGAAGUCUUCACCUAUUAAAGGUCUCUUCCCUUCGAGGUUUCCUGAUCAAAAUUCUGCUCGACUUUGCUCCGUCAUCACAUCCUCCUCGAUCUAAUAGCUUCAACCCUCCAGAACCUAGUGGUACCUAUAUGUAGCACACACUUUAACACUCAGAAAUUCUACGUUUUGUCCACAAAGUCUAUUUACCAGUUUCAUACGAUUCUCACUGGAAACAGCGAUUAUUUCUUGGCGUUAACCAUAUGGUCAUUGUAACGGUAAAGUGUUGUUUUCUUUGCAGUACGAACUGAAUUCUUAAAUAUUGACAUUAGCUGUGACAUGUGCAGUAUAGGGCAUGGCGUCUGUUUCUCUGCGUACGUUGUUCACCGAUCAAGCACGCAUAAUAAUGGCGAAAUGAAGUCAGCAUCACAGCAACAUCUAGGCACAGGAAUCUGAACUAAAUCCUGCAGCGCACGCUUUCGACGGCCGAGUCCGUAUUGCAAGCAACUGCAGAGGCUAUUUUAAAUUUCAUGAGAUCGUGUGUUGUAGAUUGCAAAGGAAAACAUUUCAAGUGGCAUCCAUCGGAAAUGCCUGAGAAAAAUCUUAACUCAGAGUGGCCCCUGGUCCGACCAAGGUUUGAAAUAGAUUUAUGUAUUGUUAUUCAACUGAUUGAAUUCUGACGUGGCUAACUAAAAACAUAUUAACCAAAUGACUAGUUGUUUAACAAAUAUUCACUUAAUCGACUAACCAACUAAGAAAAUCUAAUCAACUCUGUCUAGUCAACUGAGUGACCAUGUAUCUAAUCUAAAAACGUAAACCUAAGUUUUUUUUUAAAAAUUUCCAACCAGAAAAAUAAAACUGAAAUUUUUUGUGUUC